CUGAAUCCAACCGUACCGUUGUGCUACUUACCAAAAGGCACCGGUUACAUUCUAAGAAAGAACUCACCAGAAAAAUUAAUCCUCAAGAAAUCGCCUUUCGGUGCACGGAAUCCAUUCGGUAAAGAUAUAUCACCGAUAUUCUUUUCAACGCGCUCGAUCGGUUCAACGUUGAAUGUUCGAAUCGAUGCACCAGAUAGAUAUGAACCAACAAUCGAUCUGCCAAAAAAGCCAUCACGCUCAGUUGAUUCGUUAUACGUUCAGAUACUUGAUGAUCUGGAUAUAUUCUCAUUUAAAGUCAGAAGAAAAUCAACGAAACAAUUCAUUUGGGAUACAUCGAUCGGUUAUUAUUGUUUAUAUGCUCUUCCUCAGCUUUAA